CCUGUAAACAAAUGAAGUACAGCUGAACUAAGACACACCAGGAACUUCAAAAAAGGAUACCAGAGGAACCGAAACUGUCAGCAGUGUGCGUUGAUCACUCCAGAUAGGUUCAUGGUUASAGGGGAAGGCAUGUGAAAGAGGCGGCRCAUGUUAAGGACGGACAAAGAUAGCAGAGAAGAUCAGAGAGUGAGAGAGCGCGACACUGAAGGCAAAACAAGCACCGCAGGGAUCAAGAGAGGCUCUUCUUAAAGGUCUGAGAGGAUUUUUCCAAAGAUCUUCYCAUCAUGGCCUCGAUGGGGAUGCAGCUGCUGGCCAGCGUCYUGUGCCUCCUGGGCUGGGCUGGGGUCUUCGCCAGCUGCGUGCUGCCUAUGUGGAAUGUGACCGCCUUUGUGGGCAGCUCCAUUGUGACCKCUCAGACUAUCUGGGAGGGCAUCUGGAUGAGCUGUGUGGUUCAAAGCACAGGAUAUAUGCAGUGCAAACCCUAUGAUUCCCAACUGGCUCUCAGCGCCGACAGGCAGGCCGCCAGGGCGCUCAUGAUCCUCGCCAUCGUUACGGGCAGCUUUGGCCUCAUCCUGGCCUUCGUGGGUGGAAAAUGCACCCGCUUCUUGGAUGAAGAAGGACGUGGUGCGAAGGAGAAAGUGGCCAUAGCAGCAGGGGUGGUGCUGAUGAUCACAGGGCUGCUGUGUUUGAUCCCUACGGCGUGGGCGGCCGGGACGUUGGUGAAGAACUUCUACAGCACAUCUAUAGACGCUCAGAAGAUGGAGUUCGGAGCUUGCCUCUACAUCGGCUGGGGGGCAGCGUUUCUGCUCAUCCUGGGAGGRGGUCUGUUCAUGAAGUCCUCUUGCCCAGGCAAAGCCCACGACACGGACAAGAGCCCCUCAGUUCGCUAUGUGGUAGUCCGAUCCUCUAACGGAUCCUCCCGCGCUGGCUCCCGUCUCACCAGGGUGUCAACGGCGCUGGCUCAACCCAUCAAACCCAUGUCGCCUGGUCCCCAAAGCUUCGUGGCGCCAACCGCCAAUCCUCAGCUGUUCUCAAGGCUGGGAUAUGACGUUGAAUCCCAGCACAACAUGGGAGAGGAUUCAGAGAAAUCCUGGGCUCCGUCGAYAAAGUCUCAGAUGAAAAGGCCUGAGUCGAGAAAGUCCGAACUCAGCGACGCGCCAUCAACAAAGUCCCAGUUGAAACUAGCUGCACUGGAUGAAACUUUAUCAGCUGCCAGUGAAAAUGAAGACUCAGCAGUAAACCCAGCGAAAACUUAYCUGUAAUAGAAGAAGGAAGACUUUAGUUUACAUUUAGUUUGCAGUCAAUGUUUUAUAGAUUAUAUUUAGAUAUAAUUAUUAUUUGUUGUGUUUAAUGUGAAGGACUUUUAUCAAAAUGAA